GGAUUAUUGGAUUGGAUGUUAUCACUCUGAUCUCAAAUGGCGUACCAUAUUUGGUGCAUGUUUGCUCUUCUUGUUUUUGGCAAAGGCUCCCCCUCUACCAUGUCUACAACCACGAUAUCUUUUCAACCAAGGCAGUUCAUACCCGUCAAAGGAGAAGAUUUUACGAUGAAGUGCACCUAUUUCCCUCCUUCGAUUGUUCGCAUUGUCAAGUGGAAACACGAAGAAACACGAAUUGCGUCUGAGUGGUGCACAACUGCGAGUGAAUGUACACCUAAUAUUUCUAAUCCUUCAAAGUACAAGUUAUUGGGAGAUGACCGCAGCACAUCCCUUACAAUAAUCAAUUUGAACACUGGUGACGAUGGGAGAUACACAUGCAAUGUACAUAACCUACAUGGAGAACGUUCAGCGACUGAAAUACUGGAAGUACUAAGUCAAGUUCCACCGUCGCGAGUAUUCGUGACUGAUGUCCAAUCGGGCCGGCAAUACUUGAACAACGCAAAUAUAAGUAUAACUGGUGGAGAGUCGUUUAGCAUCACCUGUGGAGCAAAUAGAGCAAGGCCUCCCGCAGCACUGCAAUGGCUAGUACCAGAAGAUGUGACCGUUGUUCAUCAGGAUCAAUCUGAUGUCAUUCAAGACGGAUCUUACAUCUCCCGGAAAACUUUGACAAUCACACCCACCAGAGAUGACCACGAAAAGAUUCUCAGCUGCAUCGCAUCACACCCGGAAAUACAAGGGAGUCUUAGAUCCUCAGUUCUUCUGAAUGUUCAUGUUCUACCAACCAGUGUGCUGCUCUUUCUAACUGGAGGUAACCAGUCACAAUCAACAGUCCUAUACGUUCAAGAAGAUUCACCGACUUCAAUCACUUGUAAAAGCAUCGGGUCAUUCCCAACAACUGAACUAUCAUUUUGGUUAGUUGGUGACUUUGGCAGGACUCCGAUCCAUGCAAAUGUAUCAAGUUAUAGGAGUGUUUCAGACGAAACCUUGUUUGACACUGAAAGUACCAUAACCAUAAGACCAGAUGCCGCGAACCAUGGAAUGCAAAUUGUAUGUUCAUCGUAUAUGGACGACGCUUACUUUUUUAAAAUACUAACAGCAAGACUAGUUGUUUGCGGUGAGUUUGUUUCCCUCAGUGAUUUUAGAACCGAAAGUCAAUAUUAUUAAUGGUAGAACUGAUAAAAGAUUAUCAAUGAAAAUUCUUCUAGAAUAACCUUCCCAAACCUGAAAGAAUUACAAGUUGGCUACUCCUGUACUUUUAUAGAAUUAAAUCAUUGUUGUUGUUGUAAGUGAUGAUUUCAAGUUAUUUUGUUCGAUUCCCAAUAUACUGCCAAGGCUAUGUUAAAAAUAAGUGCUUCUAAGGGCGAAGUUUGACAAUGACCAAUAGCUUUUUAAUGUUUGUCUAAAGGUGUACCAAACAAUGUCGUAAUGAUUGUCCCUGAUGAUGUGCUCGAAGGCACAGAUACCAACAUAACAUGUACAGCUCUUAAUGGAUACCCUGCUGCUCUCAUUCACUGGUAUAUCGGGUCAAGGAACGUCACAGGAAAUUCAACCUUGAAGACAUCCAUCAGCAGCGCAGAUCGAUAUGAUGCCGAAAGCAUUCUGACCUUCGUACCAAAUAGGUUUGACCAUGGCCAACAUCUUCUCUGUCAGGCAGUUCAAACUACUUCAUCCACUGUGUGGUCCGUGAAUCACACAAGGGACAACGAAAUUUCCACAGUUACAAUCGACAAUGCCUCAUCUCGAUGAUUGAAGCAAGGUUUAUCAUGGCCGUACCCUUUUUUUCCAGGGAGGGGGGGGGGGUGAAAUUUCUUAGGAAUGCUUUUCAAAGUAAUUGUUUUCUAUUCGCACAGAAGCUGAUCAUGCCGUUCUAAUCUUGAAUAUUGUUCCAAUCAAACUUUAUAUUAGUACUGCAAGUACUCCAGUCACAAAUUGUAAAUGAGGAUUAAUAGUUCCAUAUCACCCUCUAUGCACUAUACUGACGAGUUAAACUAUAUAUACGACAAUGUAUAAUAUUAAAUGAUCAGUAUAUUAGUGUUUAGUUGUGUAACUUUAUUGUAAGAGUGGUCUAUGCAUAUGUAUAUGUGAUGUGGCGUCACACUUUUUUAUCAUAUUGUUGGAUUGAUUUAGCAAAAAUAAAAACCGAAAGGUAUAUUAAAAUAAAAACCUGUUUCAUAUUUUUUGGUUUGUAUAAUGUCGUGGAUGAGCAGGGGUAAUAAGAAUGACUCAAAUACUAUGAAGCGACUGCGUGAGAACGUGUUCAUGGAAAUAAGAAAACGUUUUAAAGUACCGUUUUCAAAAUAUUCAUAGAAAAGAAUAAUGUGAACAUUCUUGUUAACAACUUAAAAAAAUAUCUUGCUCCAGAUAAAAAAAGUUAGUGAAAAAUAGAUUGGCGUAUAAUAUGAGAGUUUUUGUUGAUUGGGAGUAGACCCAAUGUUUUAUAGGACCUAAUGUAGUACAAAAAGUAACAUAGCAUCAAUGAUUAUACCUCGACUGUAAUAAUACACGUAAACAGAGUUGUCAGAGAUGCGCCAGUUGCAGAUUAAAAAUGCAUGUAUGAAAAUUUAAGGCAUCAGCCUCCAAGACGUAGCCCCGAUGACGCCAAUGCACAAGGUCUUUAUUAAGUUAAAAAACAGGUGGUGUGAUAAGUCAAUUCAAAGUUAUGGGGAGAUUCCGACGAAGACAGCCUUAAUUCUUAUAGUGUCAGGUUGGUUGCAAGUUGAUAAUUUGUUGUGUAUUGUUGAUUAGGAUUAACAUGAGUUGAGGAACAGUUUCACCAAUUUACCUCUGAUUGUGUUCGUUCUGGUACCCAUCCCGAAGAGUAUGUGUCGUGACGGUUCUCUGGACGCCAUCCAACUCCAUUGUUUGCUAUUAGUCGGUUAUGCAAACCUCAAUCUCAAAUCGGAUAGGAGAAAGAGCACACUCUGUCGCCAGAUCAUUGAAAUGCCGCAAUACACUUAAUAUAAUUAAUAUGCAUAACGUCGUACUUUCAUUUUCGACCGUUGACAACUUUAUAAGACAUUGGGUCGUACUUUCGUAAUGUGCUUUAACGGCAUGGACGAUUGAAAGUAAUUGAACACAUUUCAUUGUCAUCAUAUUCCUUCAGUGUGUUUGGGACACAUCGUGGAUGUCUUCUAGAAACGAAAUUUGUCUCACCUACUGCAACACUCUCAUAUUUUGAUAAUGAAUGCUUCAUUGAUACCAGGAUUAUCGGAUUGGAUGCUAUCACUCUGAUCUCAAAUGGCGUACCAUAUUUGGUGCAUGUUUGCUCUUCUCUUUCUUGGCAAUGGUAAGUCGAGUUUAUAAGAUAUACUGUAUAUCCGUUCAUGUUGGCUCGCAGCUUUUCUCUUUGUAGUAAAUAUAGGCUAUGAAUAAAAUAAACAAUAUUACACGAGGACGUCGUCCGCUAUUCUGUAAGAUAAUUUGAAGUGAGGUUAUGGCCCACUACAUUUAGACUGUCUGUAAAUGGUUGCUUCCCCCCC